GCCACUGUGUCGCUGAUGGACGGCAUGAUGCAUCCCUUCUUACCGCGCCUGCUGCUGCUCGGUUUGCUGCGACCUUGCUCCGCAGAAUCUCCACUUACACAGCGGUGUGACUCCACAGAUGGCAAUAUUUACAGAUACCAGGCAAACACUCUAAACGAGAGUCGCACUGUGAACUUCAGCGACUACAAGGGAAAGAGUGUCCUCUUCAUCAACGUGGCCACUUACUGAGGAUACACCUUCCAGUAUCUGGGACUGAAUGCACUACACGAGGAGAUGAAAGCUCUUGGAUUCACUAUUCUCGGCUUUCCCUGCAACCAAUUUGGGAAACAGGAACCAGGGCAAAAACAUGAAAUCCUGCCAGGUUUAAUGCAUGUUAGACCAGGCAACGGAUUUGUUCCAAACUUCCAGCUGUUUGAGAAAGGUGAUGUGAAUGGAAAAGACGAGCAAGGGGUUUUCACUUUCCUUAAGAACUCCUGCCCUCCAGUUGGAGACCUCUUGGGGGACCCCAGCAGGAUGUUCUGGGGGCCCGUGAAGCUCAGUGACAUCAAGUGGAACUUUGAAAAGUUUCUGGUGGGACCGGACGGGAAGCCGGUGAUGAGGUGGCACCCAAAUGUCAGCAUUUCAGAGGUCCGAGCUGACAUUCGCAAACACCUGCUCCAACGAUACACACAGAUGUUUAAUUAGAUCCGAGUCGUCGUAUUGUAUCGAUAUGUAGCGCUAAUGUAGAAUAUAAAAGUAAUGUUAACAGAUUCUGAUGCAUGAAGAUGGCAUGUUGAAUGAAGAGGAGGCUUGAAAACAGGAACUCUGUGGAGCCUCUUCUGAGUCUGAGGUUCAGGUCGGCUCUUCAGUGCAUUCGGGCCGCCCUGCAAUCCCACAGCACCAUGUCAUCUUCUCAUCCCAGGACCCGUUAGCUAUUACAGCCUAAAUGUUCAUUACUUCUAAUAAAUAAUUGAAAACGCA